AUGGUAGGCAAGGUGUGGUCCGACCUCGAAGAGAGGUACUUCUGGCGAACUGCCGUCGCCCACUCUUCUAAGCGAGCUGGUAUUGAUAAGGCCAAUCCCGAGAAGACAUGGGACCAGCUUGCCUACGAAAUGCAUCGUGCUAUGGAACGCCUCGGUCAGGUUCGUCGAAAGUACACAAGUACCAUGUUAUUCGAGCAUUACUUCCAGAACAUCGAGGGUGAGCGACGAUCACCAAAUGCAGCUGCGUAUGUCAACGAGUACUUGCGCAAAGUUGGCCCUGAACGCGAGGUUGUCAAUCCUCGUGCAACUCGUCCCCGUCGGGAGGUGAAAAAACGUCGCGCUCGUAAAGCAGCUCCCCCUUCCAGCCCCACUGACAGUAUGGAUGGUCCACAAGAGGACAAGGAGAACGGCGCUCCUACUGAGUUGGCGUCACUACCAACUCUGCGUGAGAUGGACUUACCUGACCCCCGACCGCUUUCACUCCCGCGCCCAAGUCUAUUUGAUCGUCGGGCUUUUCGGUCAAGCCAAGCUCUUCGCCCCCUUGCCCCACUUGCUCCUCUUGCCUCAGCAGCUACUCGUAUGCUACCCCCUUCACCAUUGACGAGCCCUUCUUAUGACGGUCUGCAUUACGUCAAUCAGCAAGGUGUCCCCUUAGGUUGGAACAUGGUGAGCCCGUCGAUGGUAUCCCCUUAUGGCGCCGCUUCGUACCAUCAAUACCAACCUCGGACUCCUCUGUCGCCAGAAUCCGGCAAUAAAAAACCCGAAGAGGUUGUUUGGGGCUAUCAGAUGGGAAAGCGUUCUAUUCCUGAGAAGCAAUCGCCACAAAUGCCCUCCAAGUCCCAGAAGACCUCCGCAACUGGAUAUGCAACUCAUCACCAGUAUCCCGAGGGCUCUGGGAUGGGAGCGUUGGUACCUGAACCAGCUUCUACUCCGUCAGUUGCUUUUUCCCAGGCAACAACUCUCGGCCGAGAACCUAGCGCAAGUUCAUUCGCCAGCUUACGUAAUCCGCAGCGGGAGCUUUCUGCCGGAUACCAAUUCCAGGGAUAUUCUAGUCCCGAGGCAAUGUCCAGUAUCUACUCGUCCGUCGCAUCCGAAUCCUCCGCUCUUACCCAACCUGCCAGCAACCAAUCAGUUGAGAGCACCCUCUUCGUAGAAGAUGACGAGAACGACGCUCCUUAUGAGGAUGUUGAUGACGAUGAAAAUGCGGAAGAAUCUGGCGACGACGAUGAAGAGACUGAAGCGGAAGUCAAGCCUGAUGUGGGCUACCGCACCAUGACUUACCAGGACUAUCAUAAGGGAAAGUUUAUGAACUGGCAUGGCGAGGGUCCCAACGAUGAAGACGUGAGUGGAGGAGAUUACUACGCAGGAACGGGUCCUAAUGUCUAG